GAUCAAAUUUGAUUAAUCAAUCUCAAUAUGUUUUCUGAUUAUUCUCCAAUCAUUCAAAACAUGAAUACAUUCACUAACCAAUCUAUUAUUUUAGCCAAGAAAACCAACAAGAUGCCACUCGACGAGACCAACAACGAGAGUUACAGAUACCUGAGGAGCGUGGGUAACAUGUGGCAGUUCAACGUAGAGGAUCUCCACCCAAAGAUGAUCUCCCGGCUCUACAAGAGGUUCGACACCUUCGAUUUGGACUGUGACGGUAAAAUGGAGAUCGACGAGAUCCUCUACUGGCCCGACAGAAUGAGACAGCUGGUGAACGCUACUGACGAACAGGUCGACAAGAUGAGGGCUGCUUGCUACACCUUCUUCACCAACAAAGGAGUCGACCCAGUCAACGGCCUUCUCAGGGAGGACUGGGUUGAGUCUAACAGAGUCUUUGCUGAGGCUGAAAGAGAAAGGGACAGACGUGGCGAACCCUCCAUGAUUGGUCUCUUGUCCAACGCUUACUACGAUGUCCUCGAUGAUGACGGUGAUGGUACAGUCAGUGUUGAGGAACUCAAGACCAUGAUGAAAGCUUUCGAUGUGCCCCAGGAGGCUGCUUACACCUUCUUCGAGAAGGCUGACACAGACAAGAGUGGUGCACUUGAGCGACCUGAGCUCAUCCAUCUCUUCAGAAAAUUCUGGAUGGAGCCCUACGAUCCUCAGUGGGACGGUGUCUACGCUUACAAAUACUAACCACAACAUUUACCAACUCAAUCCAUAAUUUGUGCAUCCUCGGAUAUUCGAUUUCCACUUUUUACCCUGACUUUCACAGUUCUCAAUUUUAGAAACACUUAAUCCAAUAACAAUUUACACAUUGAUAUGAUCUUUCCAAGAAAC